UGCUCGCCUGGCGGUCAAGAAGCAGACCCAGAAUCGGUACGUCCACGCCACAGUCCCGCAGCGGUAUCCGCUGUUCUACUGCUGUAGCUCAUCCGUCGGUACUGUGUGGUUCUAUUCAGGUCUUUUGGCUGCCCGGAACCCACAUAUCAUCUGGCCCUCUGACUAGGCACAGUUACAUUCAAGACUUUUGGCUGCCUGAAACCUCUUAAAUCAGCUGACAUUCCGACCAUACAUGCAGAGAGAGAUUUAAAGAGAAGCGACUAACACAAAGGAGGUGGCUGAGUGAAGCCGGUCACUGAGAUCAGUCUGCCUCUCUGCCUCACAUUCUUUUAUCUCUAGCUGUUUGGUAAUGGCGAGCUCCCUGAUCAGUCGUCAGCUUGCUCUCUGCUUGCAGAAGAACUUAUGGCUCAGCUCUGCAGGGUGCAGGUAUGUCAGUAAAGCAGCAGCAAAGACGCAGGUGGAGUACGACUAUGACGGACCCUUAAUGAAAACUACAGUCCCUGGGCCACGAUCACAAGAGCUGACAAAACAACUUGGAGAAAUUCAGAAUGUCGGGGCAGUCAACUUCUUUUGUAAUUAUGAAGAGAGCAGAGGAAACUACUUGGUGGACGUGGACGGCAAUCGUAUGUUGGAUAUCUACACUCAGAUCUCCUCCAUUCCGAUUGGCUACAACCACCCUGCUCUGCUCAAGCUGAUGACCAAUCCCAACAAUCUGAGUACAUUUGUGAACAGACCUGCUCUGGGAAUCCUGCCGCCUGAAAAUUUUCCAGAGAAAAUUACUGAAAGUCUUCUCUCAAUUGCACCAAGUGGAAUGAAUCGUGUUCAGACAAUGGCCUGUGGCUCGUGCUCUAAUGAGAACGCCUUCAAAUCAAUAUUCAUCUGGUACAAAAACAAGGAGCGGGGCCACAACAAGCCAUCUGAAGAAGAAAUGAGCACCUGCAUGAUAAACCAGGGCCCUGGCUGUCCAGACCUCAGUAUUUUGUCAUUUAUGGGAGGUUUUCAUGGAAGAACAAUGGGUUGUUUGGCAACAACGCACUCCAAAGUGAUCCACAAGCUGGAUAUUCCAUCAUUUGACUGGCCAGUUGCUCCGUUUCCCAGACUCAAGUACCCGCUGGAGGAGUUCACCAGAGAGAACGCUCAGGAAGAGGCUCGUUGUCUGGAGGAGGUGGAGGACUUGAUUGUCAAGUGGAGGCAAAAGAGGAAACUUGUUGCAGGGAUCAUCAUUGAACCAAUUCAGGCUGAAGGUGGAGAUAACCACGCCUCCCCAGACUUCUUCAGAAGCCUCCGCGACAUUGCACGCAAGCAUGGCUGUGCUUUUCAUGUGGAUGAAAUACAGACUGGCGGGGGAUGCACAGGGAAGUUCUGGGCCCAUGAGCAUUGGGGGAUGGAUGACCCUGCUGAUAUUGUCUCCUUCAGUAAAAAACUCCUGUCCGGGGGUUACUUCCAGAAGGAUGAGUUGCAGGCUGAUAAGCCAUACCGUAUUUUUAACACAUGGAUGGGGGACCCCUCAAAGAACUUGUUCCUGGCUGAGGUUCUCAAUGUAAUUCGUAGAGAAAAUCUUCUGGAGGAAGUGACCCGGUCUGGCAAAGCUUUGCUGAAUGGCCUCUAUGAGCUGCAGGCUCAGUACCCAGGCCUGCUGAGUCGAGCUCGAGGACAGGGGACGUUCUGUGCCAUUGAUUUGUGUGACAUUGCGACUCGAGACAGACUGCUGCUACAGGCCAGAGACAAAGGUGUGCACCUGGGAGGAUGUGGUGACGUGUCCAUCCGUUUCCGUCCUGCACUCGUCUUUAAGGAGUACCAUGUCCACAUCUUCCUCAACAUCUUUAACAAUAUCCUGGCUCAGUACAAAUAAGUCACAGUACUCAAGGAACCUAAAUGGACCUACAUAAGACAGAAUUUAUCUAAAGAAUAGGGAGGGAAUCAGGCUGUCAUGAUACGCACAGAGAACAUGUUUCCUGCAAACUUUCUGUUUAACCAUCCAGAGCCUGUUUGGCUCAUAAUAUUAAAAACUGGAACUUUCCUUAGCUACUAAAGAUAAGCACAUUCUUUUACUUGUGGAGUCAAUUCCAAAAUGAUGUUCCCCUAAAAUAAAAAUUUUCUUAUUGGGCAGGAUUCAUGUUGGCCCACACAAACUCCUCAGACUGUAAGAAGACACCCAGAAAUGUGGAAAGUAAAUGGCUCAGCACAUUGGCCACCUUAGUCAGGAAGUGUCGAGUCAGCACAUCAUCACAUUCUCCAUAAUGCAGCAGUUUAACAUAGAUUAUAUGACCGUUUUAUUAGCAUUCACCGCUAGCAGCUGAUUCUGUUCAGACAGUGUAAAACAUGUCAGAUCUGUUUCCUUCCAUUUAUUCUGUGAUGGUUCUGUGUCGUCAGUUUUUGGGUUCUGACUUUGACCUUCACCUGGUCUCCGUUUUAGAGGAAGACACUGUCAGUAUGGGCUGUCUGUAUUUCUGCAUAAGUCUAAACGAUCAUUAAAAAUGUGUGCGAUCCUGUAACAGAUUCCAAGCUGAAGCUGCAUGAUAAUAAGGUGACCCCCAUCCUAAGCAUGAAGGAACCCUAACCAUGAGAGCAGCUUGUUCUAGAUCUCCUGUGCAUCACAGCACCAAAGUAUUCAGUGUGUUAGAAGAAGGCAAAAUAUGAUUGUGAAUGCAGAACGCUGUGACAGUGACAACCAAACUACCAGCCUGCAGGUGGUUUAAUGCUGUUCAACUGUCUGGAAGGAAGAUGGCAUGUUGCUCUGACUGGGAAUGACUUUGUUCAACCUUGUUGUAGCCCAGAAUAACCUGAACCCUAACCGCACUGUGACAGUGUCAGAGUCAUAGUUAUUGUUUCUUGCUUUCUGGCUGUAGGCCAAGCAGCUGCAGGUAACCUUCAGUAAAAGCAUCCAUGUGUUUUAAACCAGGUUUAUUGUUUCCCACUGAUUUGAAUUCAUGUCUCCCUUCAUCAUGUUUUUAUUUAAUCUUUCUCACAUUUAACAGAAUGUGCAAACUGUAUCAGAGUAAAACUGACUGUUUAUACUUUUAACCAGGAUGUUUUGGAAACAAGAUUUUACACUAAUGCACAGAUUAAACCUUUUCCAAGCAUAUUAAAGCACAAACAUGUAUGAGUGCUAACCUGCCUUGUUUAAAGAUUUAGUGACGUUUUUGGUUUGUUUUCAAUAUGAUGGACAAUAGUGCAAGUUCAAUCGGGAAAAGGUUCUGCUUGGGGUCCAUCUGUGUGCAGUCUACAUGUGUUCACAGAAAAGCAUGCUGGGUGAAUCUAAGAAUAUAAUCAUGAGAAGGUGGUCAUGUUUACAGGUGUGAUGUCUGUAGCUAAAUGAUGGACAAUCUCCACAAGCUGUGCCAGCCAUACUCUGAAUCACUCCACAGCAGACUUUUGUUGUGGGUGUUUUUUCUCCAGUUGACCACAAGAGGCAUGUUUGAGCUAGUUUCCCGCAGAGAGCACAGAGGAAAUGUAUAGGAGUUUCUCCUGACACAUAUUCACACAGGGCCAAAAGCAGCUGAGUAGCUGAACUUUCCUGACAGCACAACUCUGUCCAAAAUGGUCUGUAUGAAGAUUUUGAGACAGUCAGGAACAGGUUUUAAAGACAGGUUCAACGGGUGAAGCUGAUCCUGUAAAAGAUCAGAUGUUUCAUUGUGUCCUGGAAUGUUAAAAGGAGCUCAUGUUAUGCGAAGAGCAUCAUUUAAAGUGUCGCUACAAUUAAUUUGUUCCUGAAGGUAAAUUAGAAUAAUAAACAGUUACAUACAUGAAUAGUUUAGUUGGUUUUAUGACAUUCAUCCAUAACCUGUAUACCACUAAAUGUAAAAGGUAAAGGUCUUACAUAUAUUCCACAGGGUAUGUUUGGGUCAAAUACGAUGUAGAGUGGCUGGGCUGGCUGAUGUGCAUCAUUGUGUUAGUGGUGGCAUCAGUGCCUGUUUCUUUGUCAGUAUUACACAGAGUCUCCAUAAUAACGUCCUUUUAAAAGAAAACACUAACUACUUGUGAUCUGAGAUAUUGAUGUAAUUAUUUUAGAUGGUUCUAAUAAUGUAGUCUAUAAAACGUGUCCAUGUACUGUGACAAAUAAAGUUUUAAUUAACAUUGUA